AUGUUGAUAGGUUCGGGUGCUACAAUAUCAUUGUUGUCUAUCGGUCAGAUUAAUUUAUCCCAAGGAAAUUUCGACCUUUACGCCCAAAAGACUUUGCUUGGCUGGGCAAUCGUGGGAGGAAAUAAUUCUCAAGAUGCAAAGAAUCGUGUGACGUGCAAUUAUAGCGAGUUAACGUCACAAAUGAACAAGUUCUGGGUAAUCGAAGAACCUUAUACGAAAAACACAAAAGAUUCCCAAGAAUCGUUGUGUGAGUCACAUUAUAGGGAAAAUACAACGCGCAAUACGGCUGGACGAUGCAUAGUGCGCUUGCCAUUCCGAGAAGAGAAUAUCGAACUAGGCAAUUCUCGAUCUUUAGCUUUGCGUCGUUUUUAUUGUCUCGAACGUCGAUUCAAAACGGAUUCAAAUCUUUUUGCGGAAUAUAGCAAAGUAAUGCAAGAGUAUAUAACUCUUGGGCAUAUGUCAGUAAUAGAAAAUGAAAUUGAAGAAGGAUAUUAUAUGCCUCAUCAUCCUGUGAUUAAAGAAUCAAGCUCAACGACAAAACUACGGGUAGUGUAUAACGCGUCCGCGAAAACUAAAAGGGGCAUUUCUUUAAAUGACGCGUUGAUGGUCGGCCCGACCAUACAGAAUAAAUUGUUUGAGCAUAUACUCCGAUUUCGCAUGUACGAGUACGUGCUCACAGCUGAUAUCGCAAAGAUGUACCGACAAGUUCUCGUUGACGCUCGCGAUAGAAAAUACCAGCGUAUUUUCUGGUACCACGACAAUAAAAUAAAAGCGUAUGAGCUGAACACUGUGACGUUUGGUGUUGCGUCCGCACCGUAUUUAGCUAUUCGGACAAUUCAACAGCUCGCGGAUGAUGAAGGAGCGGCUUUUCCCCUGGCGCAGAAGGUACUAAAACGCGACUUUUACGUCGACGAUUUUCUUACGGGAGGGAAUUCUAUCGAAGAAGUGUUACAAGUACGUGAUCAAGUCAUCGAGUUGUUGAAACGCGGCGGAUUUAUUAUACGUCAGUGGGCGUCAAAUCAUACACACGCUCUCGACAACAUUAAUGAGAAAAUUUUAGGAGUUGAUUGCGCGGUGGAGCAAAAUACCGUGUUGAGAACGUUGGGAGUAACUUGGAACUCGCAACGUGACACUUUUGUCUACAGUGCAAAGCCCAUUGAUUUAACAACAAAAAUUACGAAACGGAUCAUUUUAUCGGAAAUCGCUAAAAUUUUCGACCCUCUCGGUUUGUUAGGCCCAAUAAUCUUAACUGCAAAAUCCAUCAUGCAAAAAUGUUGGAACGCGAAAAUCGAUUGGGACGAAUCAGUCACACAGGACUUGUUUACUAUUUGGUCCUCUUUCGCGAGCCAAAUGAAUCUCAUACGCGAUGUAUCCGUAGAACGACGGCUUUUAAUCAAAGAUCCAACGCGAAUUGAGCUUCAUGGUUUUUGUGACGCUAGUAAGAUAGGCUAUGGAGCAUGCUUAUAUAUGCGUUCUACGAAUCAAAAUAACGAAACGUUCGUACGACUAGCUUGCGUAAAAUCUCGUGUAUCUCCCUUAAAGGGAAAUGAAGAUGGGACUACUAUUCCUCGGUUGGAACUUUGCGGCGCUCUAACUCUUUCGCGACUUUUCAUUGAAGCUCGGUCGACCUUCGAAUUUCAUCUCGAUAAAAUCAUUUUUUGGUCAGAUUCGACGACCGUAUUACAAUGGCUUCAAAAAUCUCCACAGACCUUGAAAGUUUUCGAAAGAAAUCGUGUUUCCGAAAUUCAAUCUCUUCAAGAGUAUGUUCCGUAG